CGGCCUACGGGAAGCGGCCUCACCUCCCAACCAAACCGCAGUCCUCCCCCUUUCCGCCGCCUUCCCCUCGGACUCGCGCCCUACAGCAGGCGACCCCAGCGAGCGGCGGCGGCGGCGGCCAUGGCGGACGACGACUACAACGACAUGGACAUGGGGUAUGAGGAUGAGCCCCCAGAACCAGAGAUUGAGGAGGGGGCUGAGGAGGAGCUUGAGAAUAACAAUGAGGAUGCUCCUGAUGAUGUGGUAGGGGCAGAAGUUGAAAACAAAGAACAAGAAAAGAAGGCACGCGAGCGGAAAACAACAAAGUAUAUGACAAAGUAUGAGCGUGCACGCAUUCUUGGUACACGUGCUUUACAGAUUAGCAUGAAUGCUCCAGUUAUGGUCGAGCUUGAAGGGGAAACUGAUCCUCUUGAGAUCGCCAUGAAAGAACUGAGAGCACGCAAGAUCCCAUUCACAAUCAGGCGAUAUUUACCAGAUGGAAGCUACGAGGAUUGGAGUGUUGAUGAGCUCAUCGUGGAGGAUUCCUGGAAACGUCAAGUUGGUGGCGAAUAGAGUGCUUACUUGACAAGUGCAAAUCUAAUACCUGGCUGUGAAAAUUGUACCUAUCGCAGAGUUGUGGCUGUAGCGAUGAACUGUCCUGCAACUGUGAUGUUUUUAUGUGACCUUGAAGUGUGAGAGCCCUUGUCUAGGAACUGUUAUCCAAUUUGAUGGUUCCGUCAGACCUUUGGAGUUUGGACUAGCGCAGUCUUGUUGCA